CGUAGCUGAUAAUGUCCUUUUUGACAUUAGAUGGUAAUCCUGUGUGUAUCGACCAUAGACAACUGUAAUGUCAGAUUUCCAAAUGCAAAUAUAGAAUUACAUAUAUGUAAUUAUAAAUAUGUGAUUGAGUGAUUAAACAAUACAUUUUUACUAAAAAAACUUUAAUAUAGUUGCGCAAUAAGGUAACUGCAUCUCGAGAAAUGUAGGCUGCAGCACAAGAACUUAAAAACUACAAUUCCCAAGAUCCAGUCUCGUAGUAGCGCGAGGCUACUUUAUUUUUGAACGACUUCCUGAAGUGGAGGAGCUUGGUUAUGAGGGGCAGGGUUAUGCGGCUCCUUAGGGCAGUUCCGAGCGGGUUUUUAGCGGCGUCGGGCUUGAGGUCACACACUCGGGUAAUAUCGGGGAACUACAGCUCGGGACACGUGUGUUUCAGACGGAGCUGCAGCGGCGCCAUGGCCGAGGAGGCAAAGAAGCGUGCCGCUUACGCGGCUGUUGAUAACCAUGUUCAGGACAGCCACGUCGUUGGGGUGGGUAGCGGCUCCACCAUUGUUUAUGCAGUCGACAGACUGGCGGAGAGGGUCCGGCAGGAGAAGCUGAAGAUCGUCUGUGUCCCCACGUCCUUUCAGGCGCGUCAGCUGAUUCUAAAGCACGGUCUCCCCCUGUCCGACCUGGAUCGACACCCAGAGUUGGACGUGGCGAUCGAUGGCGCAGAUGAAGUAGACUCUUCACUCACUCUCAUCAAGGGAGGCGGUGGCUGUUUGGCUCAAGAGAAAAUUGUGGCGGAUUGUGCCAAACACUUCAUUGUCAUUGCGGACUACAGGAAGGACUCAAAGUGUUUAGGACAGCAGUGGAAAAAGGGCGUGCCCAUCGAGGUCAUCCCCAUGGCGUAUGUCCCAGUUUCCAGGGUGAUCACUCGCCGCUUUGGCGGGGAAACCGUGCUGCGGAUGGGUAUCAACAAAGCCGGUCCUGUGGUGACCGACAAUAGCAACUUCAUCCUGGACUGGAAGUUUGAGAGCGUGCACAACUGGAAGGAGGUUAAUAUGGCCAUCAAGAUGAUUCCAGGCGUGGUGGAGACGGGGCUCUUCGUCGGCAUGGCGGAGCGGGUCUACUUCGGGAUGCAAGAUGGCACUGUGACGUUUCGAGACCCUCCGGUUCAUUGAGGAGCUGAGUAGGCCACGCCCACCCUUGGCAUCGCAAGGCUGAUUGGCUGAUGCAGGCUACCACUGUAACUGACUCUUGGGCAGACUGGUGGUCUGUCUGGGGAAGGGGGCGGGGCAGGUACAGAAGACAAGAACCUCCCACAGGUGACUCUUGUGUUACCAUCUGACUGUUUCUCGUGAUCCCUCCUGUUGUAGUAACCCACACACCGUCCUGCCCUUUGUCCCCCUAGUGAAUGCCACCGUACUCUGGGUGGCCGUCUUCCUAUAAUGAAACCAGCAUGCUUGGUACUUCUGAACACGGCAGGCCAAAACAUCCGUUUGUUCAGUCAUCUUUGGCAAAAUUAACAGUUUAUUCCACUCUGUAAGCAGAUGGAGUCGUGUCUGACGUCGUAUUUUUUCCAUCUGUAAAAUCAUUUUAAUUCCAGUUUUCUAUAUGCACGUUUAAUGUUGCCAGCAUAUUACAGUCUUAGGCUGUUAUACUUUAUCGCCAAAGUCUCUGAAGCCAAACAUCUUUUAAGCUGUUUUAGUUUUGAAUAAUUUAAAGGCCGGUAUCCAAAUAUAUUCAUCUGACUGCACUGCAUAGUUGCUUGGAAAAAACGUACCUUUUAAAGCUCUAUUAAAGUGCAAUGCAUCACCGUUAUUACCUUUACAGUAACGGUGAUAUUAUCUACGUUUGAUUUUGUCACACGGGUCAGUGGGCCACUUUAAAGUGUCAACCUGCUAAGUCACAGUAUUCUGUGAGGUUUAUGGUUUUCUCAUACAGCUGAAUGCUGUGUAUUUCAUAUUAUUGCCUUUGCUAAAAAAAAUUCUUAAGAUACUGAUGGUCCAGCAGGAAUUGAACAUAGGAAUCAGUCAUUCAGCUCAUCCUAUAGCUGUAAGUUGGAGUGCAGCAGCACCAAAACAGACCUUGAUACACUGAAGUUUAUCUUGCCUUUGUUUAAUACUUUAUUCACCCAGUAAGCUAUUUCCCUCAACAGCGAAGACCUCUAAAUUACGCACAGUAUCACUAAGCAUUGCAUUUUUUCCCUUUUCUUCCGUUCCAUGGUUACCUUUACGUGCCUACUUUUUCCACUUAAUUUUUCCGGUUAAAAUGUGAUUGUUGGACUUUGAACUGAAAUACCACGCAGGCCUUAUUGUGGACAUUUUUAACUCUUAAUUUUUUAAUCUGAAAAUCUAGACAUACUUCUAACAUGUCUGAUUAAUUUUGAAAGUUGUCUUUGGUUUUACAUUAAAGAUUUUUUUUGCA